UUAGGACUGCUUAAGCUAAUUAAUUUUAGCCCCCAAUUUGUUUAGCAUGAAUUGCAAACGGGCUAAAGCCUAAAAGCUAAAUCAAAAUUUCGCACACAAAAAGAACAAGUGAGGACAAAGGGUAAGAACAGAGGCCGCUUAGAGACGGACGGCAGCCAACAAAAACCGUCCUCCUCAGCCGGCCGGCUACUCCCUCUCCCUCUCCCUCCUCUCUGUUUUCUCACCUUCGAUCCCUUAAAAGCCCUUCUCAUCGGAUGACCUAGCUAGCUAGUCAUACUCUCUCUCCCUCUACAUUACUCUCUGUUCGUUUGCAUAUUCUCUCUCUCUCUCUCUCUCUCUUGUGAUCAAUCAAGGUUAAUGGGGAAAAGCUCCGGCAACAACACUAAUAACAACGCCGCCACUACUACUCCGGCAACCAAGGUGAAGCGGACGCGCAAAAGUGUCCCGCGCGACUCUCCUUCACAGCGCAGUUCCAUCUACCGCGGCGUCACGAGGCAUCGGUGGACCGGACGUUAUGAAGCUCACUUGUGGGAUAAGAAUUGCUGGAAUGCGUCUCAGAACAAGAAGGGAAGACAAGUAUAUCUAGGGGCAUAUGAUGAGGAAGCAGCGGCAGCACAUGCAUAUGACUUGGCAGCAUUGAAGUACUGGGGACAUGAAACCAUUCUCAAUUUUCCGCUAUCAACCUACCAAGAAGAACUUCAAGAAAUGGAGGGUCAAUCAAAAGAAGAAUACAUUGGGGCUUUGAGGAGAAAAAGUAGUGGGUUUUCCCGUGGGGUCUCCAAGUAUAGAGGCGUCGCAAGACACCAUCACAACGGAAGGUGGGAAGCUCGCAUUGGCAGAGUGUUCGGCAACAAAUAUCUCUAUCUUGGAACUUAUGCUACUCAGGAAGAAGCAGCCACGGCAUAUGACAUGGCUGCCAUAGAGUACCGUGGACUUAACGCCGUUACAAACUUUGACCUCAGCCGUUACAUCAAGUGGCUACGUCCUAGUAAUCAAAAUAACCCUAACAACGACUCUCAACAAAACCAAAACGUUGAGGUGAAUCCAACCACACCAGAUCCCAAUCUGUCCUUCCAAGCCAGCUCAAGUGCUGCAAGCGACACAACCGUAACUCCGGCGAGGCCCGGCGGCGGUGGCUCGGCAUCGUCGGCGCUUGGGCUUUUGUUGCAGUCCUCCAAGUUUAAGGAAAUGCUGGAGAGAACGUCGGUGCUCAACAGUAGUACUCCGUCAACGCCUCAGGAAUCAGACCCACCGCGUCGGAGCUUUCCCGAUGAUAUCCAAACCUACUUUGACUGCCAAGAUGACUCAGGGAGCUAUGCCGGCGAGGGUGAUGACAUUAUCUUUGGGGACCUAAACUCAAUUGCCUCACCAAUUUUUCAUUGUGAACUUGAUCCUUGAAGACGAGGGUUAUGUGAAUAUGGACAGAAAAGAAGGGUAAGAGUAAAAGAGAAAAUCAAGAUUUUUCUUCUUCAUAAAAAAUAAGAUUCUUUUUUUUUUUUUCUUCAAAUGUUUCUCUACUUUCUUCAAAAUAUGAGGGAGUAGAGUUUGGUUAAUAUAUUGUUAUUAGUUCAUUCACGUGUAGAUAAGGAGUUAGACACAUUCAUUUAACAAAUAUUUAUUUUAAUAAGACAUUUGCAAUAUUUAUUAUGCAA